UUGUCUCUUCUGUUCCUUAAUCACAACACGCACGACACUAGAAUAGUCGGCUUCUAGCAUCCCUUUAAAAACAAAAAAGACAAUAAAAACAGCAAUUCAAACGUUUGCCAAUUGUGUUGCGUUACAUUACGUUUGCUAAAUUCGUCAUAUCUACAGUUGCUCGGUUGCUACUCCUCUCAAUUGUGACUUCAUUUCGGAGAGAAUAUUUUGAAAAAACAUUGUUGCCAGUAAAUUUGGUGGAAAUGAGUCGAUCAAGAUCCAGUAGUUCAUCGAGUGGAAUAUCACGGGAAAGUUUACAUCGUAGACAGCGUAACCGUAGGCGACAUUCAAGCGUUUCAAGUAAUGAUGAGAGACAAAAUCGACGUGGACGACAAUCUCAACCACCGGCACAAUCGAAAUGUCUCGGCGUAUUUGGACUGAGUGCAAACACAACAGAAGAUAAAAUACGUGAAAUUUUCUGCAAAUACGGACGAAUUAAGCGAAUUAAUGUAAUUUUUGACACAAAGACCGGGCGAUCUCGUGGAUUCUGUUUUAUAUAUUACAAACAUCUAAGCGAUGCAAAAGAUGCGAAAGACGCGUGUUCGGGUAUGGAAAUCGAUUAUCGUAGAAUUCGUGUUGAUUAUUCGAUAACAUCAAGGCCGCACGAACCAACACCCGGUGUGUACAAAGGGCGCAGCACUCGUCAGAAGUCAGCAUCACAUCGUAGCUCACGACGGCGAUCCCCAUCAUAUUCACCAGAACCCUAUCGGCGCUGAUCAGACCCACGUUCUAGGACCGAUAACUAAUCAUUAAGCAUCGAUAACUCUUAUAAUCCUAUGCUAAGAAGAAUGAAAUGAGCACUGAGCGAGUACUCCUGAAUGACUCAUAAAACAUGUUCGUCUAUUUUACAGUCGAAUGUUUGUCAUGGCAUAUUAACAUACCAAAUCAAAGUAUGUCACCUAUUGAGUUAAAAGAGGGGGGAAAUGCUCGAAUACUCGCGCAAGGAAAUUGAUUUGAUAUCUGCACAUUAUGGGAUAGCUUUUUAUUUUAAUUUUGUCUGCACACGACAGGCAACCAAUUGUAUUGCAUGUUCAAGUUCAUUGUCCAAGCUUAUUUUAAAUUCAAAUGACCAAGAGACAAAAUUGUUGUGAUUGAUUGGACAAUUCGAUUCUAACCGGCAUUUAUCAUUCGUGCGUUUUUUUUUCUUUUUGAAAAACAAAACAUUGUAUCACAAUUUAGAUUGCCUCAAAUAAAAUAAAAAGAAGAAUGAAAAAAUA